UUUACGCUUGCUUGCAUGAAUGUGGUGCAAUCACUCGGAAAUGCAGUUUUCCCACAGUAUUAAAGCACUGCGUUUGUUGAGUUGAUACAGUCUGAUAGCAAGUCGUAAUGUCUGCAGUGUCCCAGGUUGACGACGUGACGAGUUUCUUGGACAAGACGCGCAGUGCAAAGCCCAUUGAGCGUAAAAGGGUACUAAAGGAGAUGUGCCCGUGUCAUGUCCGGGCUGACAUUCCUGAGCUGUGGGAACGAAUAUUUGAACUGUUGAAGGACGAAAGCGACAUAGUGAGAGACCAAGCUCUGCACGCGCUGGGCGAUGGGUCUCCGAGGCACUUGGAAGAGCGUGUUGUCAAAGCAGUGGAGGAGAUGUACAACGAUCCUGCUUCGAAUGUGCGUAAGAAGGCGAGGAAAAUGCUGACAGCGUACAGAAAAACAGGAAAAUGGAAUGUACUGUAGAUGUUAAUUUUAGCAAUAGACCACGCCUACUUUUAGGAUAGCCACGCCUACUAGUUUGUUUGGAUUGUUGAUACAAUAAUAGAAUAGGCAACACAAUACGAUAGAGAUGUAUGCUACGGUUGGAUGAAUUAAUUAUAUA